AUGGCUGGCGCUGGUUGGGCAGUAGCCGCAUUUGGAUCCCUACCGAUGUUGUACGUGUUCCGAACAAACGUCGUCGAUGGUGUCACAAAGUGUGAGAAUAUAUUCAGAGAUCUACCGAGGUCCCACAGGAAGGCGUUCUUAACAUAUGCUGCCGUCAUCGUGUUUCUCAUCCCAAUAUGUCUCCUCAUAUUCUGUUAUACAAGUAUUUUCUUAAAGAUUGCACGAAAAGCAAAAGAGUGCCAGGUCUCGAAACGACAUUCAAUAAAACCUGGCAAGAUACAUCUCCAAAGCACAAACUCUAGUUCUUUACCAAAGGCGAAGAUCAAAACAUUGAAGAUGACAUUUGUGAUCGUCGUAGUGUUUCUCGUGUGUGGUAUUCCAUACUUCAUUGCCGAGAUGAUCAUGUCCUAUGGAGAUCAUUGUAUCAUAUCAGAUCUAGUGUAUGGAAUCAUUGGCGGGCUAGCGGCAGCAAACUCGGCAGCUAAUCCAUACGUUUUCUUAUUGUUCAAUUGCAAUGGACGAUACGCUCGUGACCGAAAACGAUCGAGCUCAGACGCCAUUGGGAAUUCGACCACUCGGACGGUUUAUUCAACGGCUAGUACUCGCUCUGACUACGUUGGCGAUUCCAAGAACAUUUAUCAACCGUCGAUAAAAUACAAGUGGAAUGCGAGCAGUCAAAACAGUAUGGAACUGAAUGCCAUGCGAUAAAAUGAACAAAUUUUUUCGUCUUCUUGAUAAAAUCAACU